ACCUCUGCAUUGGAAUGGCUGUUUGCAUAUACAGUAUUAUGAUAAUUCUGCGGAUCAUGUAAUGUAAAUAAAGUAUUAUGUAAUCUAAGAUAAUUUAUAUUUGGGAAUAACUGCGGGGGAAAUUCAAUCAGUAAUUGAGUUGCUGCUUUUAUACAGUUUGCAUUCAUCAUUAGGAACAAUGCUUGAGAAAAGUCAGUGAAAGUGUUCACAUUUUCCACUGUGGUUUAAUGCUGUCUUUUUAUGUGUUUUUGCAGAGGAUGUUUGACAAAGCAACAAAGAAACUGGUCCGACAGAUUGAUCCUAACGGUUCCCUGAUUGCGGCUUCCAGCCUAAAUGAUUCCGGAAAACUCCAGCCGCUUGCGGUGGUUCAGAAAACCCACAAAGCCUGGUUCUGGCAGCAAACUAAAUACAAACCCACAGGAUUCAAACUCAAUGACCUGCUGGAAGGGGAUCCAAUUAAACCAGUGUGUGAGGAGAAAGAGAUUGCAUCGAUUGAGGGAGAGUACAACAACUCUAUAACUGGAUCCGGAGAGGUGGGAGGUUCUGCUGCCUGCCUAAAAGCGAAUGGAGAGGGCUCAUCAAAACUUAGUUUAUCCCUCAUGAAACUUAAGAAGGAAUAUGUGGAUAUUCCCGCUCUUCUGAAGCUCACUAGAGGAAGGAGGUUGGACCUCAAAAGCUCUUUUUUCAAGCAUUCCCUCCCAAAAAACAUGGCUUUUACCCUCCUUAAAGAGCGAAUUUUCACCACCCACGACUGCUCCAUCUCUCAUGCUGGACUGGAGAAGGCCAGCUGCCAAGCAUCGGCUGAUUUUGUUCAGGUGUACGCGAAAGACCGCUUUGAAAUUCAGUCUGGCUCUAAGACUUCAUUACACAUCCCACCGGAGACUGUGAUGGCUUACAGUGUCAUUGAAAUGAGGAUCGAAAGUGACGGCUAUUUUGAUCUGGACAUUCUGGAUUUGGCAUCAGAUGACAUUUCCGAGAAUCCCAAUCCCACUUUCUCAGAGGUGGAUGGUCAAUGGCCACAGAUGCAGGAAGGUUUCCCACUUACUACUCUAAAAAACGCACUUGCUGAUGUUCAGACUAGGUUUUUGGCACUGGCGGACUUGUCUGCUGAAAGCCGUUCCUCCAUCCUUCUCCUGUUGAGGAAAAUUCUGAUGGACCGAUCUGUUUUGUCAGCUUUGGUGGAUAGACUUGAGGAGUUACGCAGCGGUGAAGAUCCGUGCUUCUUAAACAACGAGUCUGAAAAACAGAGCCCGAUCAUUGAUGAAUUUGUAGACUUACUGAAAGGCGAAAAACUUUGCAAGAGUGGACUUACCACAUCAACGUCAUUGUCCAGUUACAAUGGAUGUCAGAUAUCAACAGCCAAUCACAGUGAUCCUCUUGUGGCACCUGAGUUAAAUGGAUCAAGCCCCAUACCAAAAGAACAGAGUGGCUGUGACAUGGCUGUAUCCCAUCAGAACGAAUGCUCAACAGAAGCAAGCAGGGAGAGCAUGGAGCGUAUCAGUGUUAUGGAAAUGCUGAUCAAUGCUCUUGAGGAACUCACCGAUGCUGGACUGGACCUGCUAGAGCAGUUCUGCACGUCUGAAGCUCUCCAAAGUCUACAGGAUUUAGUUAUUCAUCUGACUACAAGAGAUAUGCCUAUCUACAAAGACUCCAUGCCUGUUUUCCUCCAAAGUGACGACGAAUUCAACAGAGUAGAAGAACUUUUUAAGUCAUGCAAUGUUUUACUAAAGAAAGAGAAUGACACAUUAACCACAGAAAUUACCUGUAAAGAGGGCUUCCUCCCAAUGGUUCUGUGCGUUGCCAUACAUGGCCUUGCAUCCUUUGUUGCUGCGCAACCGUGUUAGCACUUAAAUAGACUGUUAAAAAGUCAUUUUAAAAUGUUUUUCCAAUUAUAAAGACAUGUUAGUUCAUGCAGCAAUUGCUUGCUUUAGUUUGAAUGUUCCUGUGUGCAGACAUUUGCUUGCUUAUUAAUAUUUUGCACAAAUUCUAUCUUUGUUAAUUCCAUAAGAGUAAUCCAUAUAAUUGUAAUAGAUCUCCAUCAAGGUGCCAUUACUCAGAUUUAUACAGUUUUUAAAUAGCUCUGCAAAAAAGUUAUUAAUACAAACCUUCAUUUUCCAGAUAAUUUUAGUUAUUUUCCAAAACUAAAAUACACUUUUAUUUCAUUACAGUGAAACUGUAGUAAAUUUAAAAACCUUUAUAACCUUUAUCUCUGAUGAUUUAAAGAUUAAAGUUUAAAAAAAAAAAAAAUUUAUUGCAAUAUUUUGUAUAAUAAUUAUGUUUAUUUUGAGUUACUGUAAAUGCAUAAUUUUGACAGAUUUUUAAAUAUUAAUGUUUAUCACUGCACUUGAGCUUGAAUUUUUUACUUAUGUAAAACAUAUGAUAUUAU